CCCAGAGGGAAAGCUGUGGCUCCUGUCCAGAAGCUGGAUGAUGGCUUCUUCGUCCUCCUUGGCUUCAUGCCCUGGCUUCGAAGAGCUCACCCUGGAGCCUGCCCACCUGCGUCCAGAGCUUCUAGAUGCCUGUGCUGACCUUAUCAACCAGGAGUGGCCUCGGAGUCGAGCCUCCCGCCUGCACUCUCUGGGCCAAUCCUCAGACUCUUUUCCCUUGUGCCUGGCCCUGCUGGGCCCCCCCCCUAGCCCAGGAGCCUUGCCCACAGUCCUGGGCCAUUCCCGCCUCUCCCGAGUUGCUGCCCAUGAUCACAGCCUAUUGGUCGAAACUGUUGUCAUCGCUCGGGCUCUUCGGGGUCAGGGGUUUGGCCGCCGCCUCAUGGAGGCCACCGAGGCCUUUGCCAAGGCCCGGGGCUUUCGUCGACUACACCUAACCACCCAUGACAAGCAGCAUUUCUAUGCCCACUUGGGCUACCAGCUUGGAGAACCAGUGCAGGGUCUCACGUUCAGUAGUGCUUUGACUUCAUCUAUCCUUCAGGCCUUCUCUCAGCCUGCCAGCACUCCAGAGCCUAAACCUCCCAGCCCCUGCAGGGAGACUAUGGGGUCCUUCUCUCUUACUAACUCCCACCCUAGGCCCAGUCUGCCCCCUGCACCACCACCCCCUCCUCCUUUACCUGCCCCCUAUCUCAGCCCUCCAGUUCUUUCCCCUACUGGCACCCCACAGCAGAGCCUUCUGGAGACACCGUAUAGGGACAUCCGGGGUCGCCCCAUAUUUUGGAUGACAAAGGAGAUCUGAUGGGGUUGGCCUGGUGGCCUUUUAGCUGAGGAGAGAGGGAAGGAAAGACCGCAGAAAGGAUUGUAAAGAAUGGCCAGAAGAGAUACCUGAGAACUUUGCCCUGAAAUCUUCCCAGUGCCUGAAGCCUGUUUCCUGGGAGUUACUGACAACCUGGCUGUCAGUGCUUCUCUCCCAGUGAAGGGAGAACAUGGGGAAAUCACCCAGCUUCAUUUCAUUUUUCUUUUCUUUUUUGGGGUGGGAGCAAAUCUCAGAGAGCCAGCACCCCACUCCCCAACAGAGGAGUUGGAGGGGAAGAGGCCACAGUGAUGAGAAUGGCAGCCACUGGUUUCUGAGGCACUUCUAAGGUUUACAAAACACUUCCCUCAUCAUGUCCCUCUGAGAGAGACUGCACACAAACGUAUUAUUGUCCCCAUUUUCUAGAGAAGGAAAUUGAGUAGAAGAUCAGACCUUAUCAGAAGAUCAAAGUGGCCAAGAUGGCAUUCAGUGCCAGGCUUUUCUUUUUCAAAUCUGACACUGAUAUACCUCAUAGACUGUGCCAGCUGCCUUGCAGAUUCUCAGCUCCAUGAGGUCAGAGAUUGUCUUAUCUGAAAACUGGGCAGAGGUCUCUGCACACAGUAGGUGCUCAAUAAGUGUUGGUUAGAUUCCUUACAUUGUUAACCAGCAUGGCUAUGUGUGAGCUGCACUGAAUAAAGCAGCCCCAUCCUGGGGAUCACUUGGUA